GUGCAGUAGUACCCAGGUGAAAUCAAACGGUUAAGAGCAUCGAGUAGCCCGGCUAAAGCGUGAGCGUAACCGGCAAUUGGUUAGAAAGUGUUCGUUUAAAUGCAUCUAGUUCAGGCGGAAGCGCGGAGAACCCAAUGAGCAGAAACAUGAAGAGACAGCUGGAAAAGUUCAAAGAGGAGAUCAAAUCGAAUCUUUCGCGGUCCAGCAAGGCGGAGAAAAAUGCUGACGGACUGCAGGAGAUCGAGCGCGAAGUCGACCGGUACAAAGACGUCCUGCAGAAUCUGAACAAGCGGAUAGCGACGAACGUGUCCGCCGGCCAGCCACAGGAUGCGGUGGUGCGCGAGAAGCGCUGCAAGAAGGUGCCCGAGUUCCAGCUCGGCCAGCUGAUGGAGGAAUCGGUCAAGGAUCUGCCCGAUGGGCUGCUGAGGAAUGUGCUGGACACAUGCGCACGCGUCGAGAAGCUGAUAGCGACGGAGAUAGUCAACAACGAGAUGAACGUGGAGAACUCCGUCAACCAGAAGCUCAACAAACUGAUCGAGACGCACUUGAGCCUGAUCCAGAAGCAGAAGCGCGUCGUCACCAAGUGCCAGCAGGAGUACGAAGCGUCGCGGCAGAAGUAUGAUUCGGCCCAGCGGAACAGCGAUCAGGCGGGCAAUCAGGCAAAGAUCAUCCAGCUGAAGGACGACCAGGAAGAGCUGCACACGAAGCUGGAGAAGGAACGGGAUCUGUACGAGUCGUGCAUGUACGAUCUGCUGGCGGAGGAGGAAAACAUUGCGCUGGUCGUCAAAGAGUACGUCAAGCACCAGGAGCUGUACUUUACCUCCGUCCUACGGGAGGUGCAGCACACGAUGAGCAGUAUGGAUGGGUUGUUCCGUCGGAAUAAUAAGCAACUGUUCAACACAUCCCUGCGGGAUCAUCUGAAGACGACGAAUCGUAAGAUCGCUUACGUGAUCGAGCUGUGUGUGUGCACCCUGCUGGAGAAGGGUCUGUACGAGGAAGGGCUGUUGCGGGUUGGCUGUGCAUCAUCCAAACUGCGGCGUAUGAUAUCCGCGAUCAACGCAAACUACGUGUCCCCGCCGCUGGCCGACAAGUAUUGCGAUCCGCACGUGGUGGCCGGUGUGCUGAAAAACUACCUCCGCAGCCUGCCCGAUCCGCUGCUGACGUACGAGUACUACCCAAAGUUCGUGCAUGCGGCGCAAAAGGCGAACGAAACGCAACGCAAAGCGGCCAUCCUGGACGUGAUCAACCAGCUGCCGAAGGAGAACUACGACAACCUGCGCUACCUGACCAAGUUCCUGUCGUACCUGGCGGAGAAGAACCAGGAGAACAAGAUGUCCACGCAGAACAUCGCGAUCGUGAUGUCGCCCAAUCUGCUCUGGUCGCCGAAGGAGGACGAAAACUACCUGGACAAGGUGAACACGACGGCGACGGUGAACACGAUCGUCGAGGCACUGGUGGCCGAUUGGUCGUUCUUCUUCGACGGUGAGGUGCAGUUCUAUGUGAGCAUGACGCGCGAUGCGCUCUUUCCGGACAACGGCGGGUUUCCGUUCGACAAGGAUCAACCGCCGGUGCGCAGUGUGUUGCAUUGCCCGGCGGUGACGGCGGCGGCGGUGGGCAGUGGUGGUGAUAUGAUGUCCCGAUCGAUGUUUGUCACCCCGGUCACGGGCGGUGGAGGAGGGUCGUCGACGUCGGCGGCGUCCACGAUGGUUGGAGGUGGUAGUCAGGAUGAGUUGCGCCUUGGCCGUGGUGAGGGUGGUGGAGGAGGAGGCGUUGGUGGUGGUGGAGGGGCAGCGGCCGGUAUAUCACAUUCCCGCAGCAGCAGCCACGAUACUAGUCUAAUUCUAAUCAAUAGCAGUAGUAACAACAAUAGCAGUAGUGGCAGCACCGAUCAGCUGAAGAAUCGCAGCCGAUCGAACAGCUCGCUCUCGGAUCAUUCCAGUCCGCCGCAGGAGAACAGCCCCAAGCUGCCGGCCAGACGAAGGCACAACAAGCAGGUGGCCCCGACGCCCCCGAGCAAUAACCACAACCAUCAUCACCAGCAGCCGGGCAAAGGGGCAUCGAGGGAAGUGAACAACAAGCUGCAGGCGUCACACUACUUUCGGCAGUUGAGCAGCAGCACGGGGCCGGCCGGUGCCGGGAACCACCACCAUCAGCAUCAGCAUCACACCACGGACGACGAGGGGUUCGCGUCGCUUCAGCAUCACGCGUACAAACAGGCCCAGGCCGAGUACGAGCGGCAACCGAUGCUUCGUGCCGAAUCCCACGACAAUCUGCUGAAGCUUAAGACGACCGAAAAGAUCCCGCCCCCACGGCCCGCUGCCGUUAGUGCCGACAGUCAGGCGCUGGGCAAGAUAAAGGCCAGUGUCAUGAACAGCACCCAGCAACAGCAGCCGCACCAAAACAAGCAACCAAAUGCGCCCAAUUGUGAUAUCAACAACAUUAGCAGUAGUAAGGAGAACAAGGAGAACAACAACCGGGCGGCCGCAGCCGGUGGAGGUCCAUUUCCUCCACCGCCGAAACCGGUAGCACUCCCGCGGACAACCGUACCGAUGGGGAAAGGUACCAACGGUGGCGGCACCGGCGGUGGUGGUCAUUUCGAUCAUGAACCGUCUUCACCGGGGGGUGGCCUUGGUGAAGCGAUGGGCAGUGUGACAAUCCGGGAGAAACCCGUCAUUCCCGAGCGGCCCGCCACGCUAAUGCGUCCGAUGAGUUUCAAAGGGUCCAUUCCGGAAAUUUCUCGCGCCCAUGAGGCGGUCGUCGGUGGUGGCGGUGGUGGAAGCAACAACACGCUCGGUUCGGCAAGUUCCCUAAAAAAAGCGCAAAGUUUCCGUGGGGAAUCGAACCGCGUGGCGUCGGGGGAGAAACUUUCCUCCACCAGCAACGCCGCGGAAGCCAUCGUUGGGACGCUGGAACGGACACAGAUCUACAACAUCGACAAGCAGCAGGUCGCCUUUAUCGAUGUCGUUGAACGGUCGGAUGAAGAUGGCACGAAAACGACGAAGCACUCGACGGGUACGCGCAAGGACCGCCCAGAACCGUUGCCCACCGUUGUGAGCCAUCUGUUGGAUCCGAAUUCUUCUUCGACCGCCUCCUCUUCCUCCGCAGCACCGCACGGUACGCCGCCGCUCGCGAUGAUGGAAUCGACCGGUUCGCUCGGUAGCGACAUUCAAUCCCCAGUCAACCCGAUGCCACCGCCUUCCGUUGGGGUCGGUAACAACAACACCACAACCACCACUAGUCUACAGCACGUACCACAGUCGCCGCGUGGCAUCGAUCAGAAGAUCAAGCGACCGCAGGUUCCGGCACCGCCUCCACCGGUUGGGCGACCAAAAUCUUCCGACUCGACCGACUUAUAACAGUUCGGGGAGGUACUGAUCUAGUAGAAUGUUGCGGCUGAGCCUCUUGUCACUCACCCCCAUUGAUUCCUCCCUAAGUGGUGGUGUCGCUACGGCUUCGUUGUCGUUGCUAAAUGUUUCAAUGUUAUUCGCUAGCGUAUCGUGAAAGAAGGAAAACAGUGCACUUUUCUUUUCGAACUUGUUACACACGGAGCGGUUAACGAAUCGAAGUAGCCCAUUUAAAACGCUUCUGUAUUUUGCAUUAUUCCAUUAUGUGCUUGACUUUUUGUCAGAUCUUUUUGUUUCUCCUGAAUAACAAUUUCCCGUUUGACAUCCGCUUUCCAAUUCGAUGCCCCCAUUUAUUCCCCAGCUUUUCUCCGAACACCCAUUCGUUAUUAUUAAGUUCUCACCGGCGAGCGCUGUCUGGGGAAAGAUAAACUUCACUGACCAUAUACGAAUGAAUUGAUGAUGAGUUUGACCUUCGAAUCGCCUAUUUCCACUGUUUCGGACCUUAAUUCUUUUGCCCUAGAAUCAUUGAGAUUGUGUUUUAAUGGAGAGAGGGAGAGAAAGAGGAAAAGUUGAAAACAGGUGGAUAAAUCACAUCACAAGAGGAAUUAAUAAAAGGAAGAUCGUCACGCACACACACACACACACACAUAUACAGAGACACAUUGUGGAGCCCCUUUCGGAAAUGAUUCGUUCCCUUACCCAUUUCCUAACCCUGCCCCAUCCUUAGGAAUGGGUAUUCGGUUUUGUUGAAUAUUUUUUAAUUAAUUUUACUUCUCGUCCUUCACAUCUCCAACACUGUCGCUUUACGUCCCGGUGUUUUUUUCGAGUUCCGACUGAAAUGUGUGUGGAACUAUUUUCCAAAAGCUAACUGGCUUUCGGUUUGCGGCGUUUUGAUCGCGCUGCACAAGAAAUAAAGCAAACAAAAAUAAACGAAAAAACCAGAAAUCGCUGGCCAACGGGGAGAGGGAAAACAUUCGCAAAAUGCUUAUUCACAAAUUGAAAUAAAAUAGUGAAAAAAAAACCACAC